UUUCUCUCUCUGGAGAGCGGCCGGGCCGACUCGGCCCGUCUCAGCCGCGCGCAGCCACGCUCAGUUCAGUUCUGCCCGGAGUGUCUGCAGCACGUGUAGACCGGCCCGCGACCCGCGACCGCCCCGCGAGUUCCAGCAGCUGAGUGCGUGAUCGCGCCUCUGCUCGCGUGCGAGUGUGUGCGUCUGUGUGUGUGUGCAAGUGGAAUUCGCCCUUCUUCAUGUGCAUGUGCGACGCUGCAAGAUGAGGAGGCGACGAUGGUUGUGGGUGGUGUUGCUAGUGGCGAGCGCGUCUCGCGUGCUGGUGGCCGCGGACGAAGGCGCCGCCGGGGAGGCGCGCGAAGGCGAAGCAGGACAAGAGGAAGGCGAAGAAGCCCCGCCGGCUCUGGGAGAAGAUGACCGCAAGUUCAGCUACACGGAGAAGCAGCGCUACGACGGCUGGUUCAACAACCUGGCGCACCCCAACUGGGGGUCCGUGGAGAGCCGGCUGACGCGCAAGGCACCGUCCGCCUACAGCGAUGGCGUGUACAUGCUGGCCGGCAUGCAUCGGCCGUCGCCGCGACGCCUCAGCCAGGUGUUCAUGCGCGGCCAGGACGGCCAGGCGUCGGCGCGCAACCGCACCGCGCUGCUGGCCUUCUUCGGCCAGGUGGUGAGCUCCGAGGUGGUGAUGGCCAGCGAGAGCGGCUGCCCCAUCGAGAUGCACCGCAUCGAGGUGGACCGCUGCGACGAGAUGUACGACAAGGAGUGCAAGGGUGGCCGCUUCAUCCCCUUCCACCGCGCCAGCUACGACCGCAGCACCGGCAUCAGCCCCAACAGCCCCCGCGAGCAGCUGAACCGCGCCACCUCCUGGAUCGACGGCAGCUUCGUGUACUCGACGUCGGAGGCGUGGGCGUCGGCGCUGCGCUCCUUCAAGAACGGCACGCUCAAGACGGAGGCGGGCGGCCGCCUGCCCGUGCGCAACACCAUGCGGGUGCCCUUGUUCAACUCGCCGGCGCCGCACGUGCUGCGCACCGGCAGCCCCGAGCGCCUGUUCCUGCUGGGCGACCCGCGCACCAACCAGAACCCCGCGCUGCUGUCCUUCGGCAUCCUCUUCCACCGCUGGCACAACGUGCAGGCCGCCAGGGUGCAGCGCCAGCACCCCACCUGGCCCGACGAGGAGGUGUUCGAGCGCGCGCGCCGCCUCGUCGUCGCGUCCAUGCAGAACGUCAUCAUGUACGAGUACCUCCCCGCCUUCCUGGGCCAGCCCAUGCCCGGCUACGAGGGCUACAAGGCCGACGUGCACCCGGGGGUGAGCCACGCCUUCCAGAGCGCCGCCUUCAGGUUCGGCCACACCCUCAUCCCGCCGGGCAUCUACCGGCGCGACGGCAAGUGCCAGUUCAGAACCACCAACAGCGGCUUCCCCGCGCUGCGGCUGUGCUCCACCUGGUGGGACUCCAACGACGUGUUCGCGGACUCGACGGUCGAGGAGCUGCUACGCGGUAUGGCGUCGCAGAUCGCGGAGCGGGAAGACCCCGUGCUGUGCUCGGACAUCCGCGAGAAGCUGUUCGGGCCCAUGGAGUUCUCCCGCCAGGACCUCGGCGCGCUCAACAUCAUGCGCGGCAGGGACAACGGGCUGUCGGACUACAACACCGUCCGCAAGUACUUCCACCUGCCCAGGAUCAAGGAGUGGUCCGAGAUCAACCCCAAGCUGUUCGCACAGCGGCCCGAGCUGCUGCAGCAGGUGGCCUCCAUGUACAACAACCAGGUGGACGACGUGGACCUCUACAUCGGCGGCAUGCUCGAGUCGGUGGACGGCCCGGGCGAGCUGUUCAGCGCCAUCAUCAAGGAGCAGUUCUUGCGCAUCCGGGACUCGGAUAGGUUCUGGUUCGAGAACACGGAGAACGGGAUCUUCACGGAGGACGAGAUCGCCGAGCUGCGCAAGAUCCGCAUGUGGGACAUCGUGGUGAACGCGACGGACGUGCAGCCCGGCGAGGUGCAGCGCGACGUGUUCUUCUUCAAGGACGGCGACCCCUGCCCGCAGCCGCAGCAGCUCAACCCCUCGCUGCUGGAGCCCUGCCAGUUCCUCAAGGGCUACGACUACUUCGAGGGCAGCGAGCUGGCCUACAUCUACGCCUGCGUGUUCCUGGGCUUCGUGCCGCUGGUGUGCGCCGCGGCGGGCUACGGCGUCGUCAAGCUGCAGAACCGGCGUCGGCGGCGCCUCAAGAUGCGCCAGGAGCAGCUCAAGACCAGCACCACCGGCAAGCCCAACGUGGACAAGAUGUCGGUGUGCGAGUGGCUGCACGCCAACCACAAGCGCCUCGUGAAGGUGCGCUUCGGGCCCGAGGUGGCCAUGCACACGGUGGACCGCAAGGGCGACAAGCUGCGCACCAUCAGCUUCUCCAACAUCGACUCCCUGACGGUGGAGGAGUCGGUGUGCACGGGGCUGCGCGGCUCGGGCGGCUCGGGCCGCGGCAAGAAGCCGCUGGUGCUGGUGCGGGUGCCGCGCGACCACGACCUGGUGCUGGAGUUCGACUCGCUGGCCUCACGCCGCAAGUUCGUCUCCAAGCUGGAGGCCUUCCUGGCGCUGCAGAAGAAGCACCUGGUGACGGUGCAGGGCACGCGCGAGCAGAUGCUGGCCAACGCCGAGACGCGCGAGCGCCGCCAGAAGCGCCUCGAGCACUUCUUCCGCGAGGCGUACGGCCUCACCUUCGGCAUCAAGCCGGGCGAGAAGCGGCGCCGCUUCCAGGAGACGGGCGAGAACGGCGAGGUGGUCACCGUCAUGAGGACCUCCUUGUCCAAGAGCGAGUUCGCGAGCGCGCUCGGCAUGCGGCCCGACGCCGUCUUCGUGCGCAUGAUGUUCAACAUCGUGGACAAGGACGGCGACGGCCGCAUCUCGUUCCAAGAGUUCCUGGACACGGUGGUGCUCUUCUCGCGCGGCAAGACGGAGGACAAGCUGCGCAUCGUGUUCGACAUGUGCGACAACGACAGGAACGGCGUCAUCGACAAGGGCGAGCUGUCCGAGAUGCUGCGCUCCCUCGUCGACAUCGCCAGGACCAACAGCCUGUCGGACCAGCAGGUCACCGAGCUCAUCGACGGCAUGUUCCAGGACGCCGGGCUGCAGCACAAGGACUACCUCACGUACAACGACUUCAAGCUCAUGAUGAAGGAGUACAAGGGUGACUUUGUGGCAAUCGGCUUGGACUGUAAGGGCGCCAAGCAGAACUUCCUCGACACUUCCACCAACGUGGCACGAAUGACCAGCUUCCACAUCGAGCCGAUGCACGACGAGCGGCGCCACUGGCUGCUGCGCAAGUGGGACUGCAUCACCACCUUCCUGGAGGAGAACCGCCAGAACAUCUUCUACCUGCUGCUCUUCUACGUCAUCACCAUCGCCCUGUUCGUGGAGCGGUUCAUUCACUACUCGUUCCUGGCCGAGCACACCGACCUGCGCCACAUCAUGGGCGUGGGCAUCGCCAUCACCCGCGGCUCGGCGGCGUCGCUGUCCUUCUGCUACUCGCUGCUGCUGCUCACCAUGUCGCGCAACCUGCUGACCAAGCUCAAGGAGUUCUCCAUCCAGCAGUACAUCCCCCUGGACGCGCACAUCCAGUUCCACAAGAUCGCGGCGUGCACGGCGCUGUUCUUCUCGCUGCUGCACACGGUCGGCCACAUCGUCAACUUCUACCACGUGUCCACGCAGCCCAUCGACCACCUGCACUGCCUCACCAGCGAGGUGCACUUCCCCUCGGACUACAGGCCGAGCAUCACCUUCUGGCUCUUCCAGACCGUCACAGGUCUGACAGGGGUGAUGCUGUUCGUGAUCAUGAUCAUCAUCUUCGUGUUCGCGCACCCCAUCAUCCGCAAGAAGGCGUACAAGUUCUUCUGGUCGGCGCACAGCCUGUACGUGCUGCUGUACGCGCUGUGCCUCAUCCACGGCCUGGCCAGGCUCACCGGCGUGCCGCGCUUCUGGAUCUUCUUCAUCGGCCCCGGCAUCGUGUACACGCUCGACAAGGUCGUGAGCCUGCGCACCAAGUACAUGGCGCUGGACGUGAUCGAGACCGAGCUGCUGCCGUCCGACGUGAUCAAGGUCAAGUUCUACCGGCCGCCCAACUUCAAGUACCUGUCGGGGCAGUGGGUGCGCCUGGCGUGCACCGCCUUCCGCGCCGAGGAGUUCCACUCCUUCACGCUCACGUCCGCGCCGCACGAGAACUUCCUCUCGUGCCACAUCAAGGCGCAGGGCCCGUGGACCUGGAAGCUGCGGAACUACUUCGACCCCUGCAACUUCAACCCGGAGGAGGACCAUCCAAAGAUUCGAUUAGAGGGGCCGUUCGGCGGCGGCAACCAGGACUGGUACAAGUUCGAGGUGGCGGUGAUGGUGGGCGGCGGCAUCGGGGUGACACCCUACGCGUCCAUCCUCAACGACCUCGUCUUCGGAACGUCCACCAACCGAUACUCAGGCGUCGCCUGCAAAAAGGUGUACUUCCUGUGGAUCUGCCCGUCGCACCGACACUUCGAGUGGUUCAUCGAAGUGCUGCGCGACGUGGAGCGCAAGGACGUGACCAACGUCCUCGAGAUCCACAUCUUCAUCACGCAGUUCUUCCACAAGUUCGAUUUGAGAACGACCAUGCUGUACAUCUGCGAGAACCACUUCCAGAGGUUAUCAAAGACCAGCAUGUUCACCGGGCUCAAGGCCGUGAACCACUUCGGCCGGCCGGACAUGUCCUCGUUCCUCAAGUUCGUCCAGAAGAAGCACAGUUAUGUGAGCAAAAUAGGAGUGUUCAGCUGUGGCCCUCGUCCACUCACUAAGAGCAUCAUGGCAGCCUGUGAGGAGGUCAACAAGGGACGCAAGUUACCAUACUUCAUCCACCACUUCGAGAAUUUCGGGUGAACUCCGUUCUCGGAUAGUUUUAGAUGCAAUUGGCUGUGAAGCACCAGGUGCAUGCCUGGGCUACCGUACCUGGGUCGCGCCCUUAUGUUGUAUUUUCUUUUAAAUUUGGGAAGUGAGUGUUCAGUUUAAAUUUACAGGUUGUUUGCAUGUUGUGGAACAUGUUUGGAACUGGCCUUCUUUUAUGAGGCCAAACUUUAAGUUAUUAAUUCAUUCUGUAACAAAAAUUGUUUAUACUUGUUUAGCUUAUGCCAUGAAAUUGCGUGGUAAGGAAAAGCUGUUCAUGUUGUGCUUGUCACACAGAAAAGGGGGAAUUCCUCGCACCUAGCUUGCCUAGGCUUCUGUUCCUAUGAGGACGAGCAGGCUAUCCUGCGCGACAUGGGGUGGAUUGGGCUUUGGCCAUAUGUCAUGUGUGUCCCCCCGGAUACUCGAACUGAGCUAAUAAGUAACUUUGUGAUGCGGAGUAGUCCACGGACCUCACGAGACGCCACGGUACGAAGCUGUACUGCCCGAUGGGGAGGGGGAGGCAAUCCGCGUCAGGUGUCAAAGCCUAGUACAGCAAUCGUUCUUUAAAAACCUCUUUUCAGAGAUUGCAAUUGCCUUAUUUAUUUUUGAUGGGGAUAAAAUCACUUGAACUCCCACCCAAAAUGUGCCAUGAGGUACACCAAGUGUCACCUCUUUAUCGAUGCCCUCAAAGGAAUGAUAUGAUUAAUCUGUAAAUCAGACUCUGCUGGUCGAAAGGUCCAAUUACAUGUGACAUGUGAACCACGUUCUAUGUGCGGGCACAUAGACAUUGUGUAUAUCUUGCUAUUUUUAUACUUUGCUAAUUGGCUUCUGUUUUCUAUAGUAUUGAGCCAAGGUGUAUUGAGACCAUUGAGAGAAUAUUGAGCAAGAUGAAUGUGUUCCUAUUUCUAAAUAAUGCACUAGAAAACGGCAGGUGUGAUAUUUUGGUGCUGAGAAAUGUAUUAUUCUUCUUUUUUUUUUCAGAAAUAAAAUAAUUUUAUAACUACA